AUGGCUAGCGCCAGCGAAAUGAUCGUCCGCCCCACCCUUUUUUGGUGUUUACCUUGCCUGCGCUUAGACGUUCAACAUUUCAAGCCUGAAGAGGGUAAGAUGUUCGGAAUCUCGUGCGCUAUUGAUACGCAUCUGACCAAUACGAGAUGCAUCGCAUGUGCACCAAAGCAUGGAACGAUCUGUGAGACGACCUCUGAAGCCAUGGAAGGAAAUGCAUACGAUCUGGUCCGUAAUCUGCAUUGGCUUUCCCCACUUUUUGAUGAAGAGCAGGCACUGGAAACCCGUGUUGCGGCAGCAAAUUUACAAAGGGAACUAUGUCGCUCUUUUCUCCACGUGGAAAGCAUGCACCGAGAUGCCCACAAGAUUGCGGGCCGGCGAUUGUUUAAGAACCAGGUAGGCGCCGAGGAUUACAAAAAGCUCGUGGCUGAACGUCAGCCUGCCCUUGCGUCCAUUCCCGAUGAGUCUACUUCGCCUGAUUUGCAGACCCGGUUUUUUGCCGACAAUAUGCUGCGUUUGUGGAUGGGUGACGUGGGAUAUUUUGAAUGGAGGAACGCGCUUCGAAUAUUCAAUGACGGCCGGAGGAAACUUGUAAGGGGGAUGAAAAGCAUCUUCUUGGACGAAUCACCUGUCCUUCCUGUCGAGAUUGCCAAGAAAGACCCCGAUCUACCCGAGGUGCCGAAAUCUAAAUGGUCCAAGAAUAAUGUAUUGUUUCUUCACAGCUGUCGGCAGCAUUCCCAGGCGGGAAUACCCCCUCUUGUGGGGCUGUGGACACUCCCCCACCAGCAGCUGAGGAGAUCGUGCAACACCAUCAUCAUCAAGGUCACAAAAGACCUAUCGAGCCAUUCAUCACGAAAAUCAGACGAGCUGAAACCUGUUCAGCAGCGCCACAAUAUCCCACAAUUCCAGUCGAAAGCCCAGAAUCGCCAUGACGACACCCAAUUGAUCUCCGCUGCGGGACAACGCUAA